GUACUCGCAGCCGUGAUUGGCUGUGGGGCGCGGUGGCGGGAUGGCGGCCGUGGGAGCUGUGGCGGGGCUGGGGAGCGCCGACUUCUCGGACCUGCGGGAGAUCAAGAAGCAGCUGCUGAACGUGGCGGAGCGCAGCCGGGAGCGCGGCCUGCAGCACAGCGGGAAGUGGGCCUCCGAGCUGGCCUUCGCCCUGGAGCCGCUUCUGCUGAGCGAGCUGCCGCCGCCGCCCGCGCUCACGGAGGAGGAUGCUCGUGAUCUGGAUGCCUAUACGUUAGCCAAAUCUUACUUUGAUCUAAAGGAAUAUGACAGAGCUGCGUAUUUCUUACGGGGCUGCAAGAGUCAGAAAGCUUACUUCUUGUAUAUGUACUCUAGGUACCUGUCAGGGGAAAAGAAGAAGGAUGAUGAGACGGUGGAUAGUUUGGGACCACUGGAAAAAGGACAGGUGAAAAAUGAAGCUCUACGAGAACUUAGAGUUGAGCUCAGUAAGAAGCACAAAGCACAGGAACUGGAUGGAUUUGGCCUUUAUCUGUAUGGUGUUGUGUUGCGGAAGCUGGACCUGGCUAAAGAAGCAAUAGAUGUAUUUGUUGAAGCUACUCAUGUCUUACCUUUGCACUGGGGAGCUUGGCUGGAACUUUGCAACUUGAUUACAGAUAAAGAGAUGUUGAAGUUCCUGUCCUUGCCAGAUACAUGGAUGAAAGAGUUCUUUCUUGCACACAUUUAUACAGAGCUCCAGCUGAUAGAGGAGGCUCUGCAGAAGUAUCAGAGCCUCAUUGAUGCAGGAUUUUCUAAAAGCACAUAUAUCAUCUCUCAGAUUGCAGUUGCCUACCACAAUAUACGAGAUAUUGACAAAGCCUUAUCUAUCUUUAAUGAGCUAAGGAAACAAGAUCCUUACAGAAUAGAAAACAUGGACACUUUCUCCAACUUGCUGUAUGUCAGGAGCAUGAAGCCUGAGCUGAGCUACCUGGCUCACAAUCUCUGCGAGAUAGACAAGUAUCGUGUUGAGACCUGCUGUGUAAUUGGGAAUUAUUAUAGCUUACGAAGUCAGCAUGAAAAAGCAGCACUGUAUUUCCAGAGAGCCUUGAAACUGAAUCCUCGUUAUCUGGGAGCCUGGACACUUAUGGGACAUGAGUACAUGGAAAUGAAGAAUACAUCUGCAGCUAUCCAAGCUUAUAGACAUGCAAUAGAGGUGAACAAAAGGGAUUACAGAGCCUGGUAUGGUUUGGGGCAAACCUAUGAAAUCCUCAAAAUGCCAUUCUACUGUCUCUAUUAUUACCGACGGGCCCACCAGCUCAGACCCAAUGAUUCUCGUAUGCUGGUUGCUCUAGGAGAAUGUUAUGAGAAACUCAAUCAGUUGGUGGAAGCUAAAAAGUGCUAUUGGAGGGCUUAUGCUGUGGGAGAUGUGGAGAAAAUGGCAUUGGUGAAACUAGCAAAGCUGCAUGAACAGCUGAAUGAAUCUGAACAGGCUGCUCAGUGCUAUAUCAAAUACAUCCAGGAUAUCUAUUCCUGUGGGGAGAUAGUGGAGCACCUGGAGGUUAGCACUGCCUUCCGUUACCUUGCCCAGUACUACUUCAAGUGUAAACUCUGGGAUGAAGCCUCAGCGUGUGCUCAGAAAUGCUGCUCGUUCAAUGAUACUAGAGAAGAAGGAAAGGCACUACUGCGGCAAAUCUUACAGCUUCGCAACCAAGGAGAGGCCUCCUCCACAGACAUCGCUACUCCCUUUUUCCUUCCAGCAUCGUUGUCAGCCAAUAGCACUCCCACACGUCGUGUCUCCCCGCUCAAUCUAUCUUCUGUUACACCAUGAGCAAUGCUGGUACCUCUAACCUGUGCACUGAACGUCAUGUUGUGGAAGGUGCAUGCAACCACCUAGUUCUUUCCAGUGAAAUUUUUAUAUUCAGUGUUGCCUUCACAGGUAAGGAAGUAGGGUAAAGAGUGACUGGAGGCUGCAGCUGGAGACAGGUGUGCUCAAACAGGCAAAAGUGCCACCUACAUGAAAGUGCCUACUCUGAUAUAAGAGAACAUGCUGUACUUUUCUCCAAGUUGUUACAGUCAAGAGAGCAGAUGUUCCAAUACGUGGGUCUGCUAACAGGUCUUGGGAAGAGAUUGGCUUCAUGAGCUUGUGUGCCUCUGGUCUUUCUCUGAACUUCUCUGGAUAACCUUCUGUCUGCCUGGCUGCUUAAGAAUAUUUCCCUGUCUUGAAUUAGAGAUGGCGAAGCACUAUGAGACACACAAAUAUAAUUUCCACAUCUAUGUUAAAGGACUGAAAAGUGUAAGGAAUUUCAGGCAACCACAAAGGACAGCUGUUUGUCAGAACCACAGGUGAAAGAGCAGAUAUUCUGACUGAGUGGAGAGGCAGCCAGUGGGGGGAUAACACCAUUUCAAAAAAAAAUAAAAUGAUUAAGCUACUGUC